AUGAUUCCGAUGAGUAAUAUGAGCCAAGAAACUCAGAAGCCGUUUGUUUCUCCGAUCAACACAGAUGAAGAAGUCUUGAAACGAUAUGAAACGUAUAGGGAUAACCCAAAUGACCUCGAAGGUGAUAACAUCCUUGUCAACACUACAAACAUGUUGAGUCCUUCUGGUGGCUUGUUCGAAGGUUCUAUUGAUUCUGCAGGGAACAUUGGUUCACAACAAGAUCCUAACCCGACUCAGAUGAAGCCUACCUCUAGAGAUGUUAAGAACAACAGUAACCAGUCUUACUUGAUUGUCAAAGGUUCCAACGUUAUUUCUGAUGAUCCCGAGAUGAUGCCUAGCAUCUCCAUAGAUGGUAUAGAUUUACAGCUUAGAAUUGAUAACCUUGAGGGUUUAGGAAUUCUAGGUGAAGGAUCUGGCAUAGACACUUCUUGCCUUUUCAAAAACAAAAGUAACAUUGCUUUUGGUUUCGUUUGGAACGCAAAAAGAGAGAGAGAAAAGAUUUAG